UGACAAUGACAGUUUAUGUCAUUGUUUGGCAGAUUUUGGCAAUGUUUUCAUGUAUUUUGGAAUAAAAAAUGUAAAAUAUAAAAUCUUUUAGUUCGAAUUAUAAAUUUUAACUACAAGAAAUACAUUAUGGAUCUAAAUGCACUCGAUUCUUCGGCUGUUCACUGUACUGUAUCCAAAAUAGAAGUUAAAAGUGGAUAUAUUUACAUAAAGUUGUUGUGGGGACAAAAAGAGACUGACCUAUUUAAUAUACAAAUAAUUGAAGAAAUUGAGAAUGGUUACAGGAGUUGGUCAGGAAGUUUCUCCUUGGAAUCGGCGAACCAAUACAGGGAGUCUUUUGAAAUAGAUGAAGAGCAGUAUAAAAUGAGUGUUAAGGAAGCCUUGAUAGGUGCUGGUGACCCUUACAUCUUCGAUUUCGAUGUCAGUGAAGGUGUAUUUAGGUGGAAGAAAAAAUUUCCUGACUCUGCUAUUGUCGAACAUGGAAGAGUUUCUGUAGAAAGAGAUAUAGUGCCUACUCCGAUACACACACUAAUAGAUGUUUUGCUCGAACAAAACCACUCACUAGUAAAUAUAAUACAAGAUUACAGUAAGAGCCAAGAGGGCCUUGAAGCUGAGCUAGAGCUAUGUAAAAGAGAAUUGGAUAACUUUGUUGAUACUAAGAUAUCUUUGGAGGAGACUAUAUAUGGCAAGUUUAUGCAGUUGUUAAAUGAGAAGAAAAAAAGAAUUGCUAUGCUUGAUGAUGCCAUUAAGUCAAUGGAGUGAAUGGAGACAAAUUUAUACAUCUGGUGACAUUUUUGAUAGGCAAACCCACAUUGAAAUUGAACAAGGACUAUAUUGAUUUUUGUUUUUACACAAUUUAAUGUUUUAUGUAAAGUGGCAAACAUAUUUUUUUAUAUUAUUUUUUAAAUACACCAUACAAUAUA